GGACGAAGGGACACCGAUUCACAGCUCACGAAGCGCUGUUGCGCAGGGCAGAGGACGGACCAAUCGCGUUGGUGCCAUAGCUCCCCGCGCUUCUUCCUCCCGCUGCCCCUCUUAACAUCCAAGCUAUUCCCCCUGCCACGUACUAAAUGCCUCCCUUCUUCUCUUACACCACUCUCCCCUAUCAACUCACGGAGGGCCCUUAUCCUAUGCGCGAGUUCUCAGAGUAUUUGGUGGAGCUGACUGACGUGGAGCCGCUGCCCUUCGCAGAGGAAGACGCGUGGGAGUUGCACCGUGCGCUGUACAAGUUGGUGGUGUUGGGGAUGUUCCGAUUCUUCGUGGAUCACGAAGACCACUGCAUCGGGGAGCACUUCGUCAUCUAUUACGUCAUCACACGGCCCAAGCCAGCACAGAAGGAGGGGACGGUGGCGCUGUACCCAUUCGCCCAGCUCCAGACGAUCGAUCCGGGAUUGUUGGAGCUCAUACAUCUUGAGCUCCUAUCCAUUAGGCAAGUGAUCGCGAGCGAGGAAGAGGAGAUCCAGCCACGAUUUGCGGACGGCGGCUGCCCCGCGGAGAACGUUGUGAAGCCUCUACCUCGAGUGCUCCUGCUGCACACCGGUGGGACUCUAGGUAUGGAUCCGAAGAAAUCAUUUGAAGAGGAGGAAGGAGCCAUGCACCUGAAGAAAGGCACAGGGGGAGAAUAUCCGAAGACUCUGCGGCCAGGAAUCAUACUGCAGGACCUCAAACAGACUGUACCAGAACUUCGAACUUUCGCUAACUUGGACGUGCAGGUGGCUUUCAACAGGGACAGCUGCCGGAUUGGGCCACGCGAUUGGAUCAAGCUGGCGAAGACCCUUCACGAGUACCGUGGGCAUUACGAUGCGUUCUUGAUUGUCCAUGGAACAGAUACGAUGUCGUACACAGCGUGUGCACUGUCUUUGAUGCUGCCUCUCGCAAUGGCCAGGUCAGAUGCAAGGCAGAACCUUGUUGACAGUCUGACAUGCGCGACUGCAGGACCGGCCAUUGGGUUUCAGGAAGUGGCAUUGUGUUUCGGCGGCUUGCUUCUGCGAGGAAAUCGUGCGAGGAAGACCAAUUCGUCAUCAUACCGUGCUUUUUCAUCUCCAACGUACCCUCCCCUCGCAACCCUGGGAGUCGAGGUUGAAUGGGAUAAGAAUGCAAUUGCCAGCGACAUCGGAAUCUAUCGGCCGCGGUUUGAGCUUAAUCCAAAUGUCAUUAGGGUUCCCAUUGUACCUGGUACAGAUCCUAGACAGAUGUAUUUGAGCACACAGUGCGAUAUCGGUUCUCUUCAGCCACAGCUAUAUCGGAGCGGAAGUUUUGCUCUUGCGCUUGGUGCCGAACCUGGUCCUAAGAUGACACCUGAAUGUGCUGUGGUGAAGUUGAUGCUCUGCCUUGCCCAUCCCGACAUUCCCCUCGGGCAGCCAAUUGCAGGUGAACUUUGAAUGAGCCAACAGGUUGGACGGAGAAAUACUAAAAUAGUCGUCGCAGUGAUCACAUGGGGGAGGCAACGGUCGAGGCAGGUGAAUGCUAUCUAGUAAUGACAAAUGAAUCCCCCAAUCCGCGUCGCCAACAAUUGGAGUCACUGCGAAUUGGAGGUGAACUUUCAGCGGACUGACACGACUGACACGUCAGACUGAGAAAACACGUCAGAUGGAGAAGCAGUCGUGGCAGUGAUGGCAAGGUUGUCGAAGGCCAAAGCAGCUGAAUGUCAUCUAACGACAAAUGAUUCCCUGAUCCCCGUCGCUGACUCGCUGCCAAUUGGGGUCACUGCAAAUUGCAGGUGAACUUUCAGCGGACUGACACGACUGACACGUCAGACGGAGAAAUAGUUGUGGCAGUGAUCGGAACGGAGUCAAAGGUCGAAGCACGUGAAUGAUGUCAUCUGACGACAAAUGAAACCCCAAUCCCCGU